CAACUGACGAACUUCGGUCUCAAAUAGAAUUCCCAUUUAAUCCCUAAGGUUUGGUUCAUACGAUCUCAAAGUUGUGUUGUAGAUCUCGAAGCUUUAGAUCUCAAAGUUGGUCGUUGCUCGUUUCCAAUCGACUUCACGGCCGGUCUAGCGUUGCGAGGGACAGCGACAUGGAGAGGGAGAGGGAGAGCUCUAGAGACAUGGAGAGGAGAUUGACGAGGGAGAGGGAGAGAUCGAGGGACACUGAUAGGAGAGUGACGAGGGAGAGGGAGAGCUCUAGAGACAUGGAGAGGGAGAGAUCGAGGGACACUGAUAGGAGAGUGACGGGGGAGAGGGAGAGCUCUAGAGACAUGGAGAGGAGAUUGACGAGGGAGAGGGAGAGAUCGAGGGACACUGAUAGGAGAGUGACGAGGGAGAGGGAGAGCUCUAGAGACACAGACAGGAGAGUGACGAGGGUGAGGGAGAGCUCUAGAGACACAGACAGGAGAGUGACGAGGGAGAGGGAGAGGCUCGGAGAACCUGAUAUGGUGGUUACCUCUGCUUCUGAGAGGAAUCCAGAGCUGUCUGGCCCUAUAUAUCGAAGACUGUAUGUGAAUAACCUGCCAACUAAUAUGACAAUUUUGAAGCUUAGAAAGAUGUUCAGACCUUAUGGUAUUGUUGAGUUGGUUGAGUUACCACUUCACAAAACUGGUCAAUGCAAAUGCUUUGCAUUUGUACAGUUUGCUCAACUCUGUGAUGCUCAAAAAGCAAAAACUUCCACGAAAGAGGUUGAAGGAAUCAAGGUUUCAUUUGUCUUGGAUCAUCUCAGCGAAGCUAUGUUAGGCGCUCAAUCAAAGGCCUUGUCAAACGAAGAGGCGGAUAUGACGCAUGUUGCAGCGAAGUGCCUUUCUAUUGCAAGGGAGAGUGACGAGGACAAACCUUGCGUGCUGGACAGUCUUAUUAAUAAGACCAAUCUUGUUUUCACUCUUCUCAACCAAAAAGGGGUUGUCUCCAAUCCAACUGAGUGUCUCCAGCUGAAGAACAUGUUUAUGUUCAAAACUGAGGAGUUGCUUAAAAAGUUCAGAGAAGAUGUGAAAACAUUGGCUAACAAGUACGGUGUGCUCGUCCAUCUAUACUUAGACAAGAAUAAAGGGGCUGUCUACAUGUGUUUUGAAACGGUGCAAGAGGCUCUAGCGAUGCAGAGAGUGAUGCACUUGAGAUGUUAUGGUGAAAAUCUUGUAUCUGCGAAUUUCGUGCCGCCUCGUAUAUAUGAAGCCAUGAAGAAGACGUUUCUUGCCAGAGAUGCUCGCAGUGAUGAUGCUCAGACCUCAGUACCAGCAACUGUUGUUCUACGAUACAUGUUCACUCAAACCCAGAUGAGGGCUGAUAGGAAUCUGUGUGCCGAGGUUGAGUAUAACGUGAAGGAAGAGAGUGUAAAGCAUGGGCCGCUUCUCUCAGUGAAGGUCUGUCAGUUUCAUCCACAGGGUGUUGUCCUCAUAAAAUUCAAGGAUAGCAAAGAUGCGCAGAAGUGUAUAGAUGCAAAUAAUGGUCGUUGGUAUGCACAGAGACAGAUACAUGCGAGUCUUGACGAUGGAUUAGUGGACCACGAUGAGGUUAGGGAUUUUGUUUUGGAAGCAGAAUGGUGAGAUCAGUUUGCAGCUCAACUGGAAGAAACAUAAUUACUAUAUGGCUACAAUGUUUUUGAUCCAUAAACAGAGAUUGCAUUUUUUAUAUAUAUGAAUUGAAUGGUUAACGUGGAAAACGCAAACAGAGAUUGCAGUUUUAUAUGAGACGGAUUUUAAUUGGUUC